AUGGCUUCUAAUAAAAAACCUAUAAGAAAAUCAUCUGGCAAACAAUGUGCUGCCUAUAAUUGCUUCAAUCGAAGCUAUAUUAUCGAAUUUGGAGAGCGAAAGGCUUCUGGCAUUAAAUUCUUUCAUUUUCCAAAAGAUAAAAAUGAAAUUUCUAUUUGGUGCAACUUGAUAAAACGUAAAAAUGGUUUAGAUGGUUUUAAUGUUACUAACUCAUCAUAUUUAUGCUACUCUCAUUUUAAAUCGCAGGACAUUUUAAGAGCUGCUGGAGGAACGAGAUGUUCUUUAAGGAAAGGCGCUAAACCAUCUCUUCAUAGCUGGAAUAAUUUCAAAACUAGUGAAAAAGAAAGAAAACCACCUGGUUAUAGACAAUCUCCUCCUAAAAGUAUAGUUUUGCCUGACAAUGAUGUUCUUAACAAAACAAGUGGAAAUAAAUUUGUUGAGCAUGUUCUAUCAUGUGAAAAAGAAUUAAAACAUUACACAGGAUUUCCCAAUCGAAAAACAUUUGAUGCAGUUUUUAUAUAUCUUGACCCCGGAGAAAAUGGAGAAAACCUUAUCUUAUACAACAGUAAGCACUCACAAGAAAAUGAAAAUAGAGGGAGAAAUCGAAUUCUGUUACCAUUAGAAGCAUAUUUAUUAACUUUAGUGCGAUUAAGAAGAAAUUAUGACAUAAGACAUUUAACAUUUCUUUUUUCAGUAUGUGAAGGAACUGUAAGUAACACUGUUAUAACAUGGUUGAACUUUAUGUAUAUAAGGCUGGGUAGUCUUAGCAUAUGGCCUACAUUAACACAAGUAAAACUAAAUAUGCCUCAGUCAAUGAAGGAUAAAUUUCCCAAUGUUAAAUGCAUCAUUGAUUGUCUUGAAAUAAAAGUAGCUGUACCUCAGUCAUUGACUGUACAUAAAUUGCUCUAUUCUGACUAUAAAAGUCACACAACUGUAAAGAUUUUAGUUGGCAUUGCCCCAGGAGGUGGUUUUACUUUUAUAUCUGCUGCUUACCCUGGGAGUAUAUCAGAUAAAGAAAUAACGAUUAAAAGUGGACUUUUAAAUCCAACUUUAUGGAAUCACGGUGAAGUAGUUAUGGCAGAUAGAGGUUUUACUAUACAAGAUUAUUUAAGUCCACUCGGAGUUAAAUUAAUUAUUCCAUCAUUUCUUCGAAGUCGCGAACAAUUCACUGAAACAGAGGUGAUACAAAGUCAGCAAAUUGCAAGUGAGCGCAUUCAUGUUGAGAGAAUGAUUCAAAGAUUAAAAUGUUUUCAUAUAUUUGAUAGAGUUAUUCCUCUAAACAUGAUUGGUUCUCUCAAUCAAAUAGUUACAGUUUGUGGAAUUUUAACUAACUUUCAUGAGCCUAUUAUAAAAAACGCAGAUAGAAACUAA